AUGAAAAAUAAUACAGUGGACCAGAUAAUUCAGCUUUGCGAGCAGCUUGAUGUCCUGCUUUGUCUGAUCUGCGAGGCAGCUAUCAAACCCGAGGUCGAUAAGGUGGAAGGUAAGCGCGGACGGGAGUACGUAAUGCUUCAGUCACUGCGCAAAGCCCCGCAUGCAAGGUACUGGAUCGUCAACCCAGCGCGGGGCGCCGAAACCACCGACGCCGAUGGCGAUCCGGCCACUGAACGCGCUGACGAUGGCGUAACUGCUGGGGAUGCUCUACUACUGCAGACCGUCCGGGCAUGUGAGAAGGAUCUAAAGAAGGCAGAGACGGAACGGCAACGUCAGGUAGAGGCACCAGGCGGAGUCGACACCGAGUCGAGAUGGGUGCAGUUUAUGAAAUGGUCGGCGCACUUGCAGCAGAGGGACAAACCGACGCUGUACCAGGCGGGGCUAUCACCGGCUUCUGCCGCAGUCGAGCAGCGGAUGUGGCCCCGCGAGCGCCGUGAAGCGAACCAGAGGCUACGUGAGCUGACCGAGAGUUUCCGGCGCGAGCUUGGCCGUUGUAUGGAGAGGCUGGAUAGGGUGCCGGACGAAACGCUCGAGUGGCUCGGCAGCAUUGACCAAGCCGGUAUCGACCCUGUUCGGCCGAAAGCAGCAGUCAGAUACGAUGGACAGGCGCUUGGGCGCGAUGGGGCCAAGGCAGAGCACGGUAUCCGAUUUACGGAAGAGCAGUGGAAUUCCCUGGCUGACAUCGUCCAGCGACUUGAUACUGUUGUCGACAAGAAGAAGAGGCAGGGCAGCAGCAGAGGAGAAGAAGAAGAAGAAGAAGAAGAAGACCCCGAUAAGGAGGCACUUGAUGAGGCUGUCUUCGACUUCUGCAUCAAGUCGAUUAAGCAGAAGCUUGGGAAGAAGCAGUACUACAACCCGCUGCUCCACUUCACGGCUGUACUGGGUGUCAAGGAGGAUGGCAUGGAGCACUUCUUUGAGGACGACCCGUACGACUCCGACGACUCGAAUUGCGACACGAGCUUUGCGGCUAUCGAUCGGUUCCAGAAGGGUCAUCGCGACUGGCUCGCAACCGGCUCGUAUACACCGUUCAGUGCUAUUAUCCAGUGGAUGACGUACGGGAGGGGCUACCGUAAUCAGGAAGGUGGGCAAGCGCGGGUGCUAUGGGACAGUAAUGGCAUGACGCUCAACUAUCUGGGCGACAAGAUCACCGUAAACAGCUUUCAACGGGCAGCACAGGCAUUCGUGCGAGAAGCGGAGGGCUGGCUCGACAAGCUUAUGGACGGACAAUGGAGUCAGAUCCGCGAAACAAUACGGCUACAGGACAUCGCCGAUAGCUUGGUGUUUGAGGGCCCAGGGCGGUCAUUUGCGACGAACCGGAAGAAUGCAUGGCUCAAGCCGGGUGCAGAGAAGUUAACGAGGCUGUUGGGCACGACGCUGUGGAAGAUCGUCGAUGCAGGGAACGGCGGUAGUCGGGUCGAGUGCCGUAAACGGGCGAUGGAUGAGUAUCUUGGCUGGCUGCGGCAGUUCCGGUCAAGUAUGUUCCCGGUUGUGCAUCACUGCGAUACCGAUCAGCUGCCGAAGAACGUGUUUGUCUUUGACGGGCAGGUGGUGCUCAUCACAGACCGGGACAAAAGCAAGGGAUUGAAUGGCAAGCAAGGCCGAAAGGUAGCGCGUUUCUUGCCUGAGGGCCCAAGCUUGAUGAUGGUGGCAUAUGUCGCAUGGCUGCUGCCGUUUGAGAAGGUGCUGCAUCGGCUCUCUGGCAUUCGAGGCCCGUCCGAAGCGAUCAGCCCGUGGCUAUGGAAGUCGGCCGAGAAGGGGAUCUGGGACACGGCAAAGCUGAGCAAGCAGCUCGCGCUUGUCACAGGUGUACAGAUUGGGGUUCAGCUAACUGUUUCAAGCUACCGGCAUGUAGCUAUUGAGAUGGGUCGUCGAAUCAAGGGAUUAAUUGUUCAGCAAGUUGAACUGGAAGCCGCCGUGGCGGACAGCGACGACGAGGCGGCCGAUCCGUUAACUGGAGAAGCACACCGACGACCGAAAGUUGAGUAUGUAUGGGACAUCCAAGCGACACACGGAAGUCGAAUCGCACGGAAUCACUAUGCCGUCAAUCUUCAAUUUCCGAGUCAGUUGCAGCCGGAGAUGUUGUCAAAUUUCCGGGAGAUCAGCCGUCUGUGGCAUGAAUUUCUGGCCCGAACUGAUGGUGAUUUCGGUGACAGGAAACGCCGGGCUCAUGACGACGAUAUUAUGCCGGUAGUCGACAGAUCAGCAAAGAGGCAAAGGCUUGCUAUAGACCGAGAGGUACCAGGCAACUUCACCGAGACUCCCGCUGGAUGGCGACUUGGCCCCCGCUAUGAGGAUGCAGAGAUAGAUGCUGGGCUGAAGCGUAUGCUAGGCGAAGACGCAGGAUGGAAGACGGCGCAGCAGCGCGAUGGCAUGUACCGGAUUAUGCGACUAGAGAAUGACGGCAUCCGGAGCGAGUUGCUUAUCGUGGUGCUGCCGACAGGCGGUGGCAAAAGCAUUUUAUUUAUGCUGCCGGCUUUAUGGAAGACGAACGAGGCACGGGUGGAGGACCGGGCACGCGAGCUCGGCAUCGAUUGCAUGGAAUGGAGAAACGAUAUCGAUCAAGAGAGGGAUGAACGGCAGCGGGACGCGCGGUUGGUAGUGGUCAGUGCCGAUGUGGCCGUGAGCGAAGGAUUCACCGCAUACGUCGAGAGCAUUCGGGGUCGAGGGUUGCUGGAAAGGGUGUUCUUUGACGAGUGUCACACCGCUAUCAUGGACGUCAGCUACCGAGAGCGGCUAGGGCUGCUAACGGGGCUGCACCGGUUCGGGUGCCCGCUGGUGAUGCUUACUGCGACGCUGCCGGUGUCGAUGGAGGAUUGGUUCCGGGAGCGAAUGCUGGCACAGGACGCAACAAUCAUCCGAGCUCCGACGAUGAGGGUGAAUAUUCGGUACCGAGUGAAGCAGGUAAGGCCGGGGAAGACGGCAAUAGAGGACGGAGUGGUAGCUGCAAUGAAGGCGAUCGAGGAGCGAAUGGAGACAGCACAACGCGGAGUGGUAUACUGCCGCUCGAUCAAGCAGUGUGAGGCAAUAGCUGCGAUGGUUGGCUGCAAAGCGUAUCACAGCAAGCUAACGCGGGAAGCACGAGUUAGUGCAGUGCAAGACUGGGUCGAUGGGCGGGACGGUCAGCGGUGGAUUUCGCGGCAACGACUGGACUGGGGACCGGUGUCGACAUCAGGGGCAUCGUUGGUGUAA